AUAAUGAAGAGAAAACAACAAUUGAGUUUAAAAUCAACAAAUGAAUCUCGUGAAGGACAUUCUACCAGAUUUUUCUACGGUAACUUACAGACACAAAAAUCUGACGAAAAUUUGACAUUUUCUUCAUCGUCAUCAACUCCAAAGACAGAAGAGGCAGAACAUCGAAAAGCAGAGAAGAAAACUUUUCGCUCGAGUGGAAUAUUCAGAUUAAAAUCACCAACUAGAUCUCGCGAAGAAAUGUCUACCAGUUCAAUUGGAAAGACUGAAAAUGUGAAAGCUGGAAUUCCGGAGAAACAAUCUUUUACUUCCAGUGAAAGAUUGAGUUUAAAAUCAACAAAUGAAUCUCGUGAAGGACAUUCAACCAGAUUCUUCUACGGAAACUCACAGACAAAAAAAUCUGACGAAAAUUUGACAGUUUCUCAAUCACCAACAACUUCAAUGACUGAGCAGGCUGAACCUCGAAAAGCAGAAAAGAAAACUUUUCGCUCGAGUGGAAUAUUCAGAUUAAAAUCACCAACUAGAUCUCGCGAAGAAAUGUCUACCAGUUCAAUUGGAAAGACUGAAAAUGUGAAAGCUGGAAUUCCGGAGAAACAAUCUUUUACUUCCAGUGAAAGAUUGAGUUUAAAAUCAACAAAUGAAUCUCGUGAAGGACAUUCAACCAGAUUCUUCUACGGAAACUCACAGACAAAAAAAUCUGACGAAAAUUUGACAUUUUCUUCAUCGUCAUCAACUCCAAAGACUGAGCAGGCUGAACCUCGAAAAGCAGAGAAGAAAACUUUUCGCUCGAGUGGAAUAUUCAGAUUAAAAUCACCAACUAGAUCUCGCGAAGAAAUGUCUAACAGUUCAAUUGGAAAGACUGAAAAUGUGAAAGCUGGAAUUCCGGAGAAACAAUCUUUUACUUCCAGUGAAAGAUUAAGUUUAAAAUCAACAAAUGAAUCUCGUGAAGGACAUUCUACUAGAUUCUUCUACGGAAACUCACAGACACAAAAAUCUGACGAAAAUUUGACAUUUUCUUCAUCGUCAUCAAAUCCAAAGACUGUGCAGGCUGAACCUCGAAAAGCAGAGAAGAAAACUUUUCGCUCGAGUGGAAUAUUCAGAUUAAAAUGUAACACCAACUAG